CCCUGAGCUGCCGCUGUGGGAAAGAAACAAAUCUGUCACUGUGAUUUCUCUGAACUCUGGGUUUUAUUUGUCUGCGUCUCGGCUCCAUCUGGACUUUAAGGUGUGGGUUGGUUCCGAAACGCUGCCCUGCGCUGCUGGCAUCGUUCCAGUUCAUCUGUUCUUCCACAGAUCCGUUGCUCUGUGAUGUGAAACCUUUAAACCUGACCCCUGGACAUAAUCUGCUUCAUCACGUUCAACCAGCUGAGAGGGAGCUGACCCAGAUGCUGCUAAGGUGCGACCAAACUGAGUCAGGAACCGUUUGAUAUUCAUAGGAAGCAUCAGAUGGACUCCAGCUGUGAGCAGCUGUUCUUGCUUUGAUGUUUGACCAGUGGAACCAGGACACAAAGACCGGUUUGUUCCGACGGACCCGCUCGGAUCAGGUGUCUCCUCUACGACUGCUGUGGUCUGUUUGUGUUGCGUUUCCAGACGUCCACUGAGGCUGAAGGGUCUCCAUCAGUUUCCUGGUCCGCUCGUGCUGCUUCACUUAUUCUAGUGAAUGACCUGCUGCUGCUCCUCCCAGUGUGUGUGUGUGUGUGUGUGUGGGUGAGAGAGCUUAUUUAAGCGCUGCCUCUCCCUCGCUGGGCGAUCGACACCAUCAGCUGAGCCGGGGAUACGCAGCUGCUGCAGGUGCAGAAAUGUCUCCCGUGUCUCCUGUGACUGUUCUGCUGCGUCUCACAGGUUUUGUCUUACUCAUCUCAUUAGCACUCGGUUCUGAAUCCAGUGUGGCUUUUCCCGUGACGUGUGCGACUCGAGGCGCUGACCUGCGGCAGGACGGCCUGGUUCUUCUCUGUCCUCCUGACUGCAGCCAGGCCAAGGUGUUCGGCUCCGGGACGUACGCUGCCAUCUCGUCUGUCUGCGGAGCCGCUGUGCACAGGGGCGUCGUGGGUCCGUCCGGAGGCGCCGCCAGGGUUGACAAGCUGCCGGGCCGACACAACUACAUGGGCUCGUACGCCCACGGCAUCCAGUCGCAGGCUCUGGCGCGCUGGAGCAGCUCCUUCAUCGUCAGCAAGGCCGUUCACGACCCGUUAGAGCUGAGCAGUGGCACCGGCACCGGCACCACUCCUCUACCAGCAAAGAAACAAGUCAAGAAGUCUUCAGUGAAGAAAGCUCUGACGGGUGGAAACAAAGACUGUCAGAUGGACAUCGCUGUGGUCACUGACAGCAGCAACAACAUCGGCCAGCGACGCUUCAACCUGCAGAAGAACUUCAUCGCCAAACUGGCUGCCAUGCUCAGAGUCGGGCCGACGGGACCACAUGUGGGCCUGGUCCAAGCCAGUGACGCUCCCAGGACGGAGUUUCUACUCACCAACUACACUCAGCCCAAGGAGCUGAUGUUCGCCAUCAAGGAGCUGGCGUUUCUGGGCGGAGACACCAACACAGGUAAAGCCAUCAUGCACACAGCAGAGACCUUCUUCACCCAGGACAACGGGGGGAGGCGGGGCCACCCCCGCGUCAUGGUGGUGCUCAUAGACGGGUGGCCGUCCGACGACCUGGAGCAGGCGGCCAUGUUGGCCCGGGAGUCCGGCAUCAACGUCUUCAUGGUGUCUGUGGCGAAACCAGCACCGGAGGAGCUGGGCAUGGUGCAGGACAAAGACUUCAUGAAGAAGGUUCCCACCAGUUUGUUAUGGACGGAGGAGGCCGUCCUAACGGCUGUUUGCAGAGACAACGGCUUCUUCACCUACUUGAUCUCCAGCUGGUUCAGUACCACCAAACACGUCAAACCUCUCACCCAGAGACUGUGCUCGCUGGACGGCCUGCUCUGCAGUAAAACCUGCUACAACUCCGUUAACAUCGGCUUCCUCAUCGACGGCUCGUCCAGCGUCGGCGAGGGGAACUUCCGUCUGGUUCUGGAGUUCCUGGCAGGAAUCGCCAGAAGCUUUGACAUCUCCGACGUGGGCUCUCGCAUCGGUGCCGUUCAGUUCACCUACGACCAGAGGCUGGAGUUCAGCCUGUCUGAACACUCUGACAAGGAAGCGGCCGUCAGCGCUCUGAGGAGGAUCCAUUACAUGAGUGGAGGAACAGCCACGGGCCAAGCCAUCCUCUACACCACCCAGAACCUGUUCAGACGGACCGGACCGGGGCGGAACUUCCUUAUUGUGGUAACAGACGGCCAGUCGUACGACGACGUCAGAAGCCCGGCGCUGGCAGCUCAGAAACAGGGUGCGUUGCAGACACCUCGCAGACACCACUCAGCGCUCGAUCACACACUCUGCUUCCCAACACCAGGUAUCACCAUCUUCUCAGUGGGCGUGGCCUGGGCCCCGCUGGACGACCUCCGAGCCAUGGCGUCAGAGCCCAAGGAGAGCCACACCUUCUUCUCCAGGGAGUUCACGAGCCUCAGCGAGUUGGUCCCGCUGCUGGUCCGAGGCAUCUGUCGAGAUUUCACCGAGAACAACUGAGGACUCGGCUCCUGUCAACAUCAGUACGAGGCAAAGAGCGACUUACGACUGAACACGUUCUCCUCCUGCAUCGCUGCCUCACCGAGGACACGAUGGUUUCUGAAUAUUUUCUGUAAUCAUAUUAUUGAAUUGUCAAAAUAGUCAUUCUUCAAAUAUUCUGAUGUUGUGUACUUUAAAAAGAUGUACAGUGAAGCUCCAACAUGGGUCGGUUGUGUGUAAACGUGUAACAGGGAGACGACCACUCUGUUCUUGUUCUGUAUUUAUUAUCGAAUAAAGACUAGUUAUUUUUACAA